AUAGUCCAUAAUUCAGAAAGGUCCUGGGCUGCGACCACUCCCCGUGACGUCACCCCACGCCCCUUCUCCUAGCAGCCUGCCACUGUGAGAGGUAUAGAGCCGACGGGUCGCAGUACGGCUCAGUAUUGUUUGUUCAUCGUUUGUCUGCGCUCGGGAGUGGAACUCACCGGCGCCGAGAUGGAAAGCCGAGAAGCUUACUUUAACAUCCUUCUGGCGACUGAUUCAUACAAGGUUACACAUUACAAGCAGUACCCACCAAAUACCAGCAGAGUUUAUUCUUACUUUGAGUGUCGGGAAAAGAAGACCAAAAACUCAAGAAUAAGGAAGGUGAAAUAUGAAGAAACUGUCUUCUAUGGUUUGCAGUAUAUUCUAAAGAAAUAUCUAGAAGGCAAAGUAGUAACCAAACAGAAAAUUCAAGAAGCCAAAGAGGUGUAUCGAGAACAUUUUCAGGAUGAUGUAUUUAAUGAGACGGGAUGGAACUACAUUUUAGAGAAAUAUGAUGGCCAUCUUCCUAUUGAAAUCAAGGCCGUUCCUGAAGGCAGUGUGAUUCCAAGGGGAAAUGUACUUUUUACAGUGGAAAAUACAGAUCCAGAAUGUUACUGGCUAACCAAUUGGAUUGAGACCAUUUUGGUGCAAACAUGGUACCCAAUUACUGUGGCAACAAAUUCAAGAGAGCAGAAGAAGAUCCUGGCAAAAUACUUGUUUGAAACCUCCGGUAGUUUAACGGGUUUGGAGUACAAAUUACAUGAUUUUGGCUACAGAGGAGUUUCUUCACAAGAGACUGCAGGAAUUGGUGCUUCUGCCCACCUUGUAAACUUUAAAGGAACAGAUACGGUAGCGGGAAUUGCACUGAUAAAACGCUACUAUGGAACAAAGGAUCCAGUCCCAGGAUUUUCCAUACCAGCUGCUGAACAUAGUACUAUAACCGCAUGGGGAAAAGACCAUGAAAGAGACGCUUUUGAACAUAUUGUAACACAGUUUUCUUCUGUACCAGUGUCUGUGGUCAGUGACAGCUAUGAUAUUUACAAUGCAUGUGAGAAAAUCUGGGGGGAAGACUUAAGAAGUUUAAUUGAAUCAAGAAGUGACAAGGCCCCAUUAAUAAUCCGACCAGAUUCUGGAAAUCCUCUUGACACCGUAAUAAAGGUGCUGGAAAUUUUAGAAAAGAAGUUCCCUGUGGAGGAAAAUUCAAGAGGCUAUAAAGUUUUGCCCCCUUACAUCCGUGUUAUCCAGGGGGAUGGUGUGGAUAUAAAUACUCUUCAAGAGAUUGUAGAAGGAAUGAAACAGCACAAGUGGAGCAUUGAAAAUAUUUCAUUUGGAUCUGGAGGAGCACUGCUACAGAAGCUGACGAGAGACCUUUUAAACUGCUCAUUUAAAUGCAGUUAUGUUGUGACAAAUGGCUUAGGGGUAAAUGUGUUUAAGGACCCAGUUGCUGAUCCAAAUAAAAGGUCAAAGAAAGGAAGGCUAUCUUUGCACAGCACACGAAAAAAGGAAUAUGUUACUCUUGAAGAAGGAAAGGGAGAUCUGGAGGAAUAUGGGCCAGAUCUUCUUCGCACAGUCUUUCAGAAUGGCAAAAUCAUUUCCUGUUAUUCAUUUGAUGAUGUGAGAAGAAACGCUGGCCUAAUAAACACAGAGUUGGAAGAAGAGAUUCAGUAGAUUUUAUUUGAUGUUAACCAUUGGUGGAUUCUCUGUACAAAUGUGUGUGAUUUAUAUUUUGCCAAGUUUAUAUAUUAAUUUCUGAACAGAAUACCAGUUUUGCCAAUGUUUUUACAUGCAGUACACAGAUGUCCUUGAUAUGGAUGUCUGGAAUUCUGGAGUUGAUAUCACAACAGACAAAAACCUUCAUAGCUGCGGUAGCACUCUUUAACCUGCAUUUUAUUUCUUAAUACAGACCAAACUUUGUAACUUUUUUAAAUUUGUUCCCACAAAAAUGUAAUUUUACAAAAAUCUUAUCCCUAUUAAAGAAAUCCAGACGGGAUUCUUACAGUUGGGCAUCGUAAACCAUAGUAUCUUGGUACAAAACAUACUUCUUAACAUUACUCAGGAACACAUCGCAAGAACAGGUACAUGCCGCCUCCAGUUUUCUAUUAAUUUAGAUGUUUCAUUGGCUUGCAAGCAAUAGAGAUCCUUUUCAAAUUUAAGAGCAACUGAAAGGCUAUAAAAUGGAUGUAAAAUUGACUAUCCUUUAAUGCUAUUCACAGUGAUCUCCCCAGGCCUUUUUUCUCCUACCACCCGGUUCCCCUCGGGCUAGCACAAUAUAAAAACUUCUUAUUUUGAAAACUAGUAGGAAGCACACAGUCCCGUCAGCUUCUGCAAAAAAUGUUUUAAUAGGGCAUAGCAGGCAAGGGAGGCCCAUAAUUAAUCAUUUUUUCCCCAAUGGCUAAAAUGUUUAGGUUUUUUUCAUGGGAGAACACUGGCUAUUCACAGAUGUACUUACAACCAUACAUGAAUACAAAGCAAGCAUAGAAUUACUUGCUGAUUAGGCCUGUCUGUAAUUCCAGGGUUGUUUUAGUUGGAUUAAGACUAGGACCAUUUUGGCACGAGGGGAGAAAUCAGAUAGCUGAAAGAUGGCUGAUUUCAGCCCUACCACAGGCAUUACCCUCCUCUCUUUUCCACGUUGAAUUGGCUUGAUGAGAACAGACUAGGUGAGUUUCUGUGAAGAACGGCAAGUCUCUGCAUUUUGAUCCAAAAUCCACUGAAGUCUUUUUGAAACGAGCCAAUUCAAUGUGGGAAAAAGAGGAGGCUACUGCCUGUGGUAGGGCUGAAAUCAGCCAGUAUAUGGAAGAUAGCUGAUUUAAGCCCCAGUGUGGCCCUAACCUUUAAGAAAAGAUUGGUUUGUUUGGUAAGGUGAGCCAGGUCAGGCUGCUCUAGUUCUAACUGGAGUUUAUGCAAAUAUGUUGGGAAAUAGCUGCAGUGCAGUCCUUGACAUGGGGGCUUUUUAAACCUACCUGAUUAUUAUCACAUAUUGACCAGAUAUCAUUUGGGCAGUACAUUUGUUUAACAUCAUAAAAUACCUUCAAAGACAUGCACUUUUUCAAAACGACCUUUUUAAUGAAAUCACAGUAUCCAUUGUGAGUGUCAAUAUGAUGGACAUCCCCUCCCAGAGAAUUCAGUUCCUUCACUAGGAAUGAUUUACUGAAUUAAAAGUACUGUCAGCUACUUGGACUUUUAAGCUGUUGAAUGACCAGUCCUUAGGAACAAUACAUUCUUUAUAAAGAUAAAUUGCAGCUACUUAUCAAACUCCUAUUGGAUGACCUAUAGUUAUUGGCCCCCCAGCGGUUGCUGGGUCUCUAUCCUCUGUGUCACACCCCUACUUUUAAGUAAAAUAACCUGAAAGUUUGUAACACAGUACAAAACCAUUAUGUUCAACCUCUUGUCCUAACAAAAACUACCUAACUGCAUGUUGAUCAUUUGUGUAGUGCAAGAAAGGGGAAUGGCCAGAAAUGUUAAGACUACACACGUGUUCAUGGUAGGGCAAGAUUUCUGAUGGUGGCCCUGUGUGUGUGUGUGUGUAUAUUCAAUAUUUUAAUGGCUUUUAAUGAUUUUUAGCAGCAAAAAGUUUGUGCUACAUAAUAUUAUGCUAUGAUCCCUUAUGCAGCCUUUCAUAAUCUGUAAUAAGACUGUUAACAUUUUAGGCAAUUAUAAAGCGUUUAAUCUUUAGAACAAAACAGCAUCAUGCCCUGGUUAUGCUGUGUAACCAGAGUUGGCAGCCUAUAGGCAACAGAAAAACUGCAAUACAUUCAUAAAUGAUUGUCCAUAGAUGAUUGCCUUCAAUAAUGUACUAUAAUAUAUGUAACACUAUUGCAAAGCUGUACUGAGCUGUUUCUAUGAAACAGAAGGUUUUUUUUUAUGUAACCCUUUAAAGAAAUAAUAUUAAAAAAAUGACUGAAGUAUAUUAAGAGCAAUAUGCUGUACAUAAUAAUGCACAGGGUUUUGCCAUGUUGUAUGUGAAGAUUAGGAGUAAAAAUGUUUAAAUAGGGAAAUGUCUGUAAUAUGUUUGAAUCCACUUGAGUAUCUUGCUGCUACCCUGGCUUUGGAGAGAAAUCCCACUCUUAAUUGUUGUUGUGAAAGUGCUGGAUGACCUGAUUACUGUAUGUCAUAUGAUGGUCACAUGAUGCUUAAAAAUGGGGAAUUUGCUGAUACAAACAUAGCUGGGGAUUUACACAAAAAUGAAAUCUCAGAAUUUGCUCAGCACGACACUGAAUUCAAUUUCAUUUACCCAUUUUGAAGAACGCAACAUAGUGUGUUUUAGCCACCUUAUGUACAAUAAAAGACACACUUUA